AUGAUUCUGCUAACUGCACUUGUGUGUCUGGCCAAUGGGCUACAGCAGUCUGUUGGACAGGAUCCAGCUCCAGUAUAUGCUGCUUUGUCUACUGACUUGCCAGAAGUGCAAAUAGAGAUCACUGACAAGCACAAUGCGCUCAGGAGAUUGGUAAAUCCAACAGCUAGAAACAUGCUGAAGAUGGUAUGGAAUGCUGAAGCUGCAAAGAAUGCUAAAAGUUGGGCAGAACAAUGCGUUUAUUCCCAUAGUCCUGUAUCCAGAAGAAAAGUUGGAAAUAUCACCUGUGGUGAAAAUCUCUAUUAUUCAAGUGUUCCCAAAUCAUGUUCAUCUGCACUCCAAGGCUGGUUUGAUAAGAGAGAUUCCUUCACAUUCGGUGUUGGACCAACAUCAUCAAAUGCAGUGACUGGACACUAUACUCAGAUGGUUUGGUAUAAGUCUUAUGAGAUUGGAUGUUCAUUUGCUUUCUGUCCAUACUCGGCUCUGUACAAGUACUAUUAUGUUUGCCAUUACGACCCUGCGGGAAAUGUAGUAAGAUCAGCUACGACACCUUACAAAAAAGGAGACCCAUGCGGCGACUGUCCUGAUGCUUGUGACAAUGGACUGUGCACCAAUCCUGGCAAGUAUGAAGAUACAUACUCCAACUGUGGUCAAAUAAAAAAGGAAUUUACCUGUCAAUACCCGUUUGUCCUAAAAUAUUGUGCCGGUUCCUGUCCGUGCACCACUGAAAUACAGUAA